GAGGGGGCGGUGCCUCUGUGCCUUGCAGCCGGACACUGGUGGCCCGCGGGGAGUGGAAGAGCUGAAAGACUCCUGGGGUGCUCUUGGUUGACCGGCCGAGUGCGGAGCCGUCCCGAGAGCACCUCUGAGAAGAAAAGUGUUUGGUACUUAUGUCUUCCCCUGAAAUUGCUUCCCUCUCAUGGGGACAAAUGAAAGUACAAGGCUCUACUGUAACCUAUAAGGAUUGCAAAGUAUGGCCAGGAGGGAGUCGGGCUUGGGACUGGAGAGAGACCGGAACUGAGCAUUCUCCUGGCGUGCAGCCUGCAGAUGUGAAGGAGGUUGCGGAGAAGGGUGUACAGACCCUUGUGAUUGGCCGAGGGAUGAAUGAGGCCUUGAAGGUGCCUCCCUCCACUGUGGAAUACCUCAGGAAUCAAGGCAUUGAUGUGCGAGUCCUCCAGACAGAACAGGCAGUGAAGGAAUAUAAUGCCUUGGCUGCACAAGGGCUCAGGGUGGGAGGCGUCUUCCAUUCCACUUGCUAAUGUAGCCACAGCGUAAAAUAAAUCACUAAGCAAUGA